AUGAGCAUACCCGGCAUUCCACCCGCAUCCACAACAAGCAACAACGCUUCUUCUACAGCUGCACAGCAAACAUCGAUCACUCCAUCACCACGUUCUUAUCAAUCGCCCCCACCACCAAACACUCCCACUGGUCCUUCGUCAUCGUCCAACACACGAAAUAAACUAGAGCAAAUAAUACAGAACUUUUACACCAAGACGGCCCAGGUCAUUAUACAAGCCCGUGUUCAAUCAUCUUUGACAGCAAGUGGACGACGAAGAAGUAGCACGAGUAGCACAGCAUCCGUUGAUCGCAAGAGCAAGCUUAAUCGAUGGUUCAACUUGGCAACGUCCGAAUCGUUACGAGAUGAGCUCAAGUAUUGGCAAACACAAGCAACACAAGCCAUGGACGAGGAACCUCCACCAUUGAUCCUCGAUAUCUAUCUCGAUGUAUCUCGACUCACAUCCAGUCAAAUCUUGGUUCUGGCAUAUGACCGGUCACGAAGAUUAGACAUAUCAGAUUCAACCAAACGUAUCUUGUUGGAACGAUGGACACUAUCACUAAGACAUCCAUUACCCACGUUUUCAGUGGAUCUACCCAAUCUAUACAAGCGAUCCAUUGUGUUUUUCAGAGCCCUUUACACUUAUAUCCGGCUGUUGCCAUGCCAUGACUUGUAUCGACGACUACAGCAAUAUGGAGCAUCAGAUGCAUUGGAUAUUGGCUAUCGAAUGUCAGCAGAUCCCUUGGAAGCACAUACCAUGGAUGAAGAAGUAGAUCUAGACAUGUCUAUAUUGGAAGGUGCUGACGAGCUGCGAAGAUACGAAUUUUCUGAUAUUGUCACGCCUUUGGGCUCAUUUAAGCUUCAAGUGGAAUAUCGCAGCGUCUGUGAUUUUUGUGUGGAGGAUUCAGAAAGAGAUUUGAGCGCACGGAUGAUCGGCAUAGAUGAACAUUUCUUUACACCUACAGUGGAACGACAUCGACAAGAGCAAGUGCGGCAUGAAGAGACUUCUCGACCAUCCAGGCAAACGAGUGAUUUUUUGGGUUCAAGAGAUGUUUUACAACGACAACAGCGGCAGCGACAACCGAGCGUGGGAUUACGUGAUUUAUCGGAUGGGAUGGUUAUACGAGGUGAGCAUCAUCUACCACCAACAAGUGACAUGAUAAGGCGUGUAUCAGCACCACAUAUAUCUCCCUUCAAAUCCCAUUCACUUUCAUCCUCUCCGCAGGCGGCUGAGUACUAUGGUGGGAGAGGAACACAAGGAUUGUCAGGCGAUAGGACACAGCAGCAUCAAGGUGGAUCAGCACCUGCUCGUACCAAGAUUGAAUUUUCUUCAAGCUUUGACAAGAUUCGCGACCGAACAACUCCCACAAGUCCAAUGACAAGAAGAUGGUCUCGAACAAGUGAUCAUAGCCUUAUCCCAUUUGACACUGAAGAUGCCAGCCUAAGAGAAUUUGUACAGCAAUUGACAACCAACAAGUCCACCGAGCUCAAGAUGUUUCAAAAAUACGACACAGCGAUGGCCGAUAGCGCCAACUUGUCACCAACAUCAGAAACAAGUAGUAGUAUGGGUUCAAUUUACAAGUCAAAAAAAGCACUAUCCCAUUUUCGAGCAUUGAAAGAGACCAAUACCACAUUAUCCGAAUCCAUGUCUUCGAGUAUGAUGGGUCGAUCAUCAGCUGCUGAACGUGGUGAAGGUGCAGGACAUUCAUUUGGAUCAUCUACUUCAUCCACAGGACGCUCCUAUCUUCCUGUUGUACCCUCACCGCUUCAUACGGAGAACACAAAUGUCACCACAACAUCAUCCAAGCCAAUGCAUAUUCCAUCAACUCAUGGUGCACAAUCUCGUUCAACAGGUGGAGAAAGAGAACACAAUGCCAGCUCAGCCGUGUAUGGUACACCAUCAUCCAAUACCAGCAGACAUCAAUGGACUCCUGAAGAUGAUCAACGGUAUCCUGCAUUUUCAACGUAUCCACAGGAUCGACAUCAUGAUGAAAUGCGACGUCUGUGCACUGUGGAACAACACCACCCUCAUGAUGGCAAUCAUAGCAAGCAACAUUGCAACAAUCAUCCACCACCACCCACUCCUUCAUCACCCAAACGCCCUGAAAGUGUCACCAGCAUAGCCACAGGUGGACAUCGCACAAGUAUUGUAGAUGAUGAUGAUUCGCUUGUAUUUAAAAUGAGUGAGUUGAGUGGGGAUGGUCAGCAGCAGCAGCAGCAGCAAAUGCAACAGCCACGACCCUUGCUUGAAGAUGAAACGUUCGGACCUUUAACGGAAGCAGCGACACGCGAUUAUGCACGACGUCUUGGAAUCAACACCGAUCUUGUUGGCUCGCAUCCUGUCAAUAGUAGUAGCACGAGCAUCCCACCCCAAAGUCCCAUGGCAACAGUAGUUGAAGAAGAGGAAAAGAGUACAACAGCAACGAGUAGCAGCAGUGCAAGCAGCAGCAGUAACAUUAAACAUCACCAACAACAACAGCAUCAUCAUCACCACCAUCAUCACAUAUUUUGA